UUCAAAAACUGGGAAAAGCAGAUGAAACUAAAGAUGAACAGUUUGAAGAAUAUGUUCAAAAUUUCAAACGGCAAGAGGCAGAGGGUUCCAGACUCCAGAGAGAACUGAGAGGAUAUUUAGCAGCCAUUAAAGGAAUGCAAGAUGCCUCGAAGAAGCUUACAGAGUCUCUCCAUGAAGUGUAUGAGCCAGACUGGUAUGGACGUGAAGAUGUGAAAAUGAUUGGAGAGAAAUGUGAUGAACUUUGGGAAGACUUUCAUCAAAAACUGGUAGAUGGGUCAUUGUUAACGCUGGAUACGUAUCUAGGACAAUUUCCCGAUAUCAAAACUCGCAUUGCAAAACGAAGCAGAAAGCUAGUGGACUACGACAGUGCAAGGCAUCAUCUAGAAGCCCUGCAGAGCUCAAAAAGAAAAGAUGAGGGCAGAAUCACCAAGGCAGAAGAAGAAUUUCAAAAAGCGCAGAAAGUGUUUGAAGAGUUUAACACUGACUUGCAAGAAGAGUUGCCAUCUCUGUGGUCACGACGAAUUGGCUUCUAUGUGAACACCUUCAAAAAUGUAUCCAGCCUUGAAGCCAAGUUUCACAAGGAAAUAGCUUUAUUAUGUCAUAAACUAUACGAAGUGAUGACAAAGCUGGGGGAUCAGCAUGCAGACAAGGCCUUCACCAUUCAAGGCGCACCAAGUGAUUCAGGUCCUCUCCGCUUUGCAAAAACACCGUCACCACCAGAGGAGGUCUCUCCCCUACCUAGCCCUACUGCUAGUCCCAAUCAUAUGCUGGCACCAGCGUCUCCAGUACCAGCCCGGCCUAAGUCACCCACACAGCUGAGGAAAGGUCCGCCAGUCCCACCACUGCCUAAACUCACACCCACAAAGGAGUUGCAACAGGAGAACAUCAUUAACUUAUUUGACGACAACUUUGUCCCAGAAAUCAAUGUGACAACUCCAUCACAGAAUGAAGUACCUGAAGCUAAGAAAGAGGAAUCGUUACUGGAUUUGGACUUCGACCCUUUCAAGCCGGAAGCUGUAUCAACAGGAGUUAGUCAUUCACCCAUGUCUCAGACAUUGCCAUGGGAUCUAUGGACGACAAGCAGCGAAUUGGUGCAGCCGGCAUCCACCAUAGCAUUUAAUGGAUUUGCACAGGAAGUCUCCGCAUUUACAGUGCAGUCAAAUGAGAAUGUGGCAGAGCCUUCGGCUGAGGCUGAAGAAACUCCACCUGGGGAACCUAAGGUUGAGGAAACUCCUGCUGCUGUUGCUGCUGUUGUGAAAAAGGAGGCCAUCCCUGCUGAGCCAGCAGAGCAGGCUGUGGAGAGUGUCGAGACAGGAGAUAAAGAGACAACUGAAGUUGCUGAGAAGGAAAGCGAGGUGGUACCUGUUGGUGAGAGGACUGUGGAAUCAGAAGACAGUGCAGCUGUGGCAGCAGGAGCUGCCACCACUGAGCAGGAGGAUGUUGCUGAAGGUGACAAACCUCAGGGAGAAGAAAAAGAGGCUGAUAUGUCUCAGGAAAGGGUCAGCAGCAUCCCUUCAGUAGUAAUAGAGCCAGCCUCAAACAAUGAGGGGGAGGGAGAAGAGCACGAAGUCAUCAUGAAUGAGUCCAAAGAUGCCACAAUAGAGAUGGGCGCUCAGGUCGCUGACACUUCUCUCAGUGAAACUUCCCAAGCUGGAAAUGAUCAGAAACCUGCUGAAGAAAUCCAGGCUGCACUUUCUCAGGAUCAGCCUGUUCCCGCAGAAAAUGCAGCUUUAGCAAUACCACCUGGUUUUCUCUAUAAGGUUGAAGUUCUACAUGAUUUCGAGGCAGCUAACAGUGAUGAGCUUAAUUUAAAACGAGGAGAUAUUGUGCUAGUGAUUCCUUCUGAGACCACAGCUGAUCAGGAGGCUGGCUGGUUGACUGGCAUUAAGGAAUCCGACUGGCUUCAGUACAGAGAUGUAAAUAGUUAUAAAGGACUUUUCCCAGAGAACUUCACACGCCAUCUGGAGUAGUUCUCCCAGGCAGAGAAAUGUAGUAUGAAGCUCAAGUCAGUAGGUUUUUACCUCUUUGAAACACAGGAGCCCAUCUUUUUGUAGUUGAAGCUGUUAAUGGUUUACAGACUGGUGCCAGACAAAGCUAGUUGAAACAUAUCAAACAAGCAUGAAUGCAAACAGUUACGCUGUAAUUUGUGGAGCAGUACAUGGGGAAAAAGUCAGAUAAAAAUGAAAUGUCCUUAUUGUUCACAAGUAUGUGGCGACAGGUUUGUUUGUGCUUCGUCAGAGCUAUGGUGAUCCUGUAUUUGAUCCUUUCCCAUGAAAUCUGAAAUUAGCUUCCUUAAUACGAAAAACUUAACUUCUCUGCACUAAGUGUAUUGUAUUCUGUUGCACUGCAGAAGAUUUAAUUAAUUAUCCUGUAGUUAUAAGGUCAAACUAUUAUAAGUUUCAUGUGUUUAAAAGAUAGUUAACAACUGCAACAUUUUUCAGUGUUAUUUUUGGACAUGCAUAAUAUAUAUACACAAGAGUUUAUAUGUGUAUAUAUGAGUGCAUAUGGCUAUAUAUGCAUUUACACAACUUCUUUGUAGUUCUUUAGCUGUGUAGUGUCAUCCAGUACAUGCAUUGCUCUUCCACUGUCUGGCAUUACAGGAAACAGUUUUGUUCAAAGAAAACUAGCUGCUCCAUUGCCAAAACAUGAUACAAUAUCUGUGUUCGUAAUGUGAAAUUUUCAUUCUUAGAAGAUGAAUAACAUCAUCAAAGCCGCUAACCUUUGAGAAGGCAUGGCUCGGUCUCCUCUUCCAGCUGCAGUAGUUACAAUGAGAUAACCUGGAUGGGGGAGUUGUUAUGAUGCUAAUCUAUACUUUUUUAUUUAAUUGGCUGAAUACAUUUUCGAAAAGAAACAGAACUAAUCUCUGAGAAUAAAUAAACACAAUAUAUUUUCACUAUAUGUAUUUAUGCAGUGUACCUUCACAGAACCUUUUAAAGUAAGAUAUAUAAUGUAUCCUGUAUCAAAAAGUCAUCUGUAACUUAUGUUUUCCAGUGCUGUGUCAUUAAAAAUAAACUUUUGGUCC